GCAUAAAAAAUUACUCAAUUCAUAUGAAAGUUUACUGAAUAAUCAUGCUGUUCUUAAAGAAGAUUACGUAGCGUUGUUAGAAAAUAAUAGUGAUUAUUAUGCAGAAUAUUAUCAUCUAUUAGUGCAAGAAAAUAGUGUAUUGGUUAAACGGAAUUUAGAAUUAUUUGAAGAAAUCGAAUGGUUACAUGAAGAAAUCAGAAUAUUAUAUGACGAAAUCGAAAAAUUAAAGAAAAGAAAUGAAUCGCUUUCUUGU